AUGAUCCACUUGGGCAGCAAUCGUGGAGUUUCUUCACACCAGAUGAACCCUUUCUGCGUCUUGUCUUCUGGUCCUCCAGCAGAAGACCAUGGGCACUGCUAUGGUUUUUGCUUGCUCUACUCGGGCAACUGGCUUAUGGAGGUCGAGCACAGCCAGACAGGGUGUGUGCGCGUCAAUGUUGGGCUUAGCAAUACACACUUCAGCUGGCAUUUGGGAAGUCAGGAGAGCUUCGAGACUCCUGAGUGCGUUUGUGUCUUCUCAGAUUCAGGCCUUGGGAAGAUGACGCAGACUUUCCAGCGCCUCAUUGGGGAGAGGCUCAUUGCGCCUCGCUGGCAAAAUCUCAUCUGUCCUGUCCUCAUCAACACUUGGGAAGCGAUGUACUUCGAGGUCUAUCACGAUAAGAUUAUCCAAUUCGCGAAGCCUGCGAUUGAAGCUGGGGUUGAACUGCUCGUGCUGGACGAUGGAUGGUUUGGCAAGCGAGAUGAUGCCAGCAGCUCAGCGCAAGAUCGGAGCCUUGAAUAUUUCUAG